GCAUCCACACCACGUACUACAUCCUUUGCAGCUUCAACCAUGCAGCGUCCAGCGGUCCUCGGCUUCCUCCUGGCCUGUGCAGCGUCUCUCUGCAGCUCUACUGUUAUCACAAAAGAUGGCAGACCCAUCGGGUGGGACCAAACUGUCGAGACACUGACCGACCUGCCGUCAAAGGAUGGAACUGUGACUCCCAACCCCUGGCAUUUCCCCGACCGCAUGAGUCUUUACCGGGUGUUGAUCGCUGCCACUGAUCCCUUCAUGGCAUCCAUGGGGUCCAACACCACUGACAGCCCUGUGUGGGGACUCCCAGUGAUGCUGGCAUGGGAAUAUGUUUCAGGCCGUCUCAUGGACCCGACUGGUACCACAACAUGCGGACAGGAAUCAGAUAAGAGCUGUAUUUCCCCUCAGAGCUGGUGGGCCUGUGAGAGCUACCACACUUCUGUGCUUCCCUUCCUGUCUGCUGCCCAGCAGGGCGUCUUUGGGGCAGACGUCCAGGUAAAGAUGCAGAAGCCUGCAAGCGGGGAGGACUAUUGUACCACCUACGCUGACUGUGCAACACGCUUCCCUGAUGCCAUGACAAAGUGGGAUACGUUUUACAAGGAUCUGAGGGCUACGUCGGAGUCUGAUCAGCCCGACAACGUGAAGAAAGACACCAUCCUUGGGCUCUACUGGACAGCACGGAUGUCUGCAACUUCUGCAUGCAGUGCCAGCCAGAGCAAAUAUUCCUCUGAGGAGGUGGCGCUCUUUACCGCCUGGAUUGACGGAGCUGAAUAUUACGCAGCCUGUCACCACCACACCAACCUGGCGACAGCUGUGAAUUUGACGAGUCCUAUGCCAAGCCGAGUUCUACGGACGGGCGACGUUGCACCAAACAUCGAGGGUUUGACUCCGGAAGAGAACCACACAGUUUCCAUCUUGAACUGGAUGAAGGGAAUCAACACUUUGUUCUUUGGGGCUCCGGUUCGUCUGUGGAAAAGCGCCAUGUGCUCGGUGAGCACCAGAGAGCAAGGCAGGAACAUGAUGAACGAGCUCGUGCUGUCACCCACCUUCCCCAAAGCCACUUUCACGUCCAUGGUGACAGAACUGCUUGCAACCUGCUGAGAAACAGCACGAGAGUAAUGCGACGGGAGCCAACUGUGCACCAGAAAAGCCACUUAAGUGUACAGUGGAGUCACUAACCGGAAGCUGCAAGUUGCAGAUGUCAUCAUGUGUCAUUCUGCCAUAAAUAUGAGCGUCCAAGUAAAGUAUAAACAAUUAUUUACUGUUUGAAAUAAAGUCUGUUCUCAAAA